AUGGCAAAUAUGGGCAACUCAGGCUUCCGUCCUUUUGGCCCCCAGGGUCUCUUCUCUACUCCUCAGUAUUCCAUGCCUCCUGGCUACCCCUGGGGCAUGCCAUUUGCAACUAAUGAGGGUUUUCGUCCAAGUGCUACUGAAAUGCCAUUCGCUCACGGUCAACAGACUUUGCCGCUUUUACCGAUGGGUCAGCUAAUUCCUCAGGCUACUAUGACUCAAGCAGAACCUACCGUGCAUGUUGAGCCACAUCAUGAAGAACAGAUUUACCAUUCCGACAGUGUGAUGGGGAUGACAGAGCAGUCAAUUGGGAAGAGAGGUUUGCAAUACAAGUACAACACAUAUCUGGCGCCUAGUCGCAAAGAGUUGCAGUCCUUGACCCAAAAGGACAAAGAAUCAUUCAAAGAGUAUGCCCAACGCUUCAUCCAUAAGGCUGCCCAGAUUCGUCCGCCCUUGGAUGAGAGAGAAUUAUCAGAAAUGUUCUAUGAGACCUUGAGCCCUUGCUAUUCAGAGAAAAUGAUUGUUUGUGCAUCACAGAAGUUCACCGACCUGGUGGAGACAGGGAUACGUAUUGAGGAUUGGGCUCGUAAGGGAGCUGGUGCUUCGGGAAGUUCUUCAGGUAGUUCUGCACCUGUGUACCCUAAUCAUCCUUAUAUUGCCAACAUUACCCCACAAAUGACCGCUCCCCAGAACCCAAACUAUCAACCACCAAGACCUCAAGGGCCUUCACCAUACUAUCCACUGCUAUAUCAACCACCAUACAACCUACAACAAUUCCCUCAACAACCAUAUUACCCCCAACAACCAUACCAACAAAGGCCACACUACCCACCACAGCAACAACCCCGUCCUCAGGCUCCCUACAAUCAAUAG